GCCGGGAGGCUCUGCCAUUGAACUCAGCCUUCCCACGGGGAACACCCACUCGCCGGACACCCUUGGAUCUCAUCGAGAUCGUCCAAAGGGAGAAAGGCAGGUGACCUUGGCAUUGGUAGCCUUCAACGCCCCUCUGCAGAGAUGCCUCCUCAGCUGCACAGCGGCCAGGACUUCUCCGCCAAGGUUGUGCAAGGCAGCCUGGACAGCCUGCCCCGGGCAGUGAGGGAGUUUGUGGAGAGCAGCGUGCAGCUGUGCCAGCCGGAUCACAUCCACAUCUGCGAUGGCUCCGAGGAGGAGAACGGGCGGCUGCUGGCCCGCAUGCAGGAAGAGGGCAUGAUCAGGAAGCUGAAGAAGUACGACAAUUGUUGGUUGGCACUCACUGACCCCAGGGAUGUGGCCAGGGUGGAAAGCAAGACCGUGAUCAUUACCCAGGAGCAAAGAGACACGGUGCCCAUCCCCAGGACCGGCCUCAGCCAGCUGGGUCGCUGGAUGUCAGAAGAGGACUUUGAGAAAGCGUUCAAUGCCAGGUUCCCUGGGUGCAUGAAAGGUCGCACCAUGUAUGUCAUCGCGUUCAGCAUGGGGCCCCUGGGCUCACCGCUGUCCAAGCUUGGCGUGGAGCUGACCGACUCGCCCUACGUGGUGGCCAGCAUGCGGAUCAUGACGCGUAUGGGCACGGCUGCCCUGCAGGCCCUGGGGGACGGGGACUUCAUCAAGUGUCUCCAUUCCGUGGGCUGCCCUUUGCCUUUAAAAAGGCCUCUGGUCAACAACUGGGCCUGCAACCCGGACCUGACCCUCAUCGCCCACCUGCCCGACCGCAGGGAGAUCGUCUCCUUCGGGAGCGGCUAUGGGGGCAACUCGCUUCUUGGGAAGAAGUGCUUUGCGCUCAGGAUAGCCAGCCGGCUGGCCAAGGAGGAGGGGUGGCUGGCGGAGCACAUGCUGAUCCUGGGCAUCACCAACCCCGCAGGCGAGAAGAAGUACCUGGCGGCUGCUUUCCCCAGUGCCUGCGGGAAGACCAACCUCGCCAUGAUGAACCCCACACUGCCGGGGUGGAAAGUCGAGUGUGUAGGCGACGACAUCGCCUGGAUGAAAUUCGAUGACCAAGGUAACUUAAGGGCCAUCAACCCCGAAAAUGGCUUUUUUGGUGUGGCUCCCGGCACCUCAGUGAAGACGAACCCCAACGCCAUCAAGACUGUGCGGAAGAACACCAUCUUCACCAACGUGGCCGAGACCAGCGAUGGCGGCGUUUACUGGGAGGGCAUCGACGAGCCGCUGGCCUCGGGCGUCACGAUCACUUCCUGGAAAAACAAAGAAUGGAGCCCGCAGGAUGGGGAACCUUGUGCCCACCCCAACUCGCGGUUCUGCACCCCUGCGAGCCAGUGCCCCAUCAUCGAUCCUGCCUGGGAGUCUCCGGAAGGUGUGCCCAUCGAGGGCAUCAUCUUUGGGGGCCGCAGACCCACCGGUGUCCCUCUUGUCUAUGAAGCCCUCAACUGGCAGCAUGGAGUGUUUGUGGGGGCGGCCAUGAGAUCGGAGGCCACCGCGGCUGCAGAGCACAGAGGCAAAGUCAUCAUGCACGACCCUUUUGCUAUGCGGCCUUUCUUUGGCUACAACUUCGGCAGAUACCUGGCACACUGGCUGAGCAUGGCUCACCGCCCGGCAGCCAAGCUGCCGAAGAUCUUCCACGUCAACUGGUUCCGGAAGGACAAGGAGGGCAGAUUCCUCUGGCCGGGCUUCGGAGAGAACUCCAGGGUGCUGGAGUGGAUGUUCAACCGGAUCAACGGGGAAGACAGCGCCCAGCUCACACCCAUCGGCUACAUUCCCAAGAAGGGAGCCUUGAACCUGAAAGGCCUGGGCGAGGUCAGCGUGGAGGAGCUCUUCAGCGUUUCCAGAGGGUUCUGGGAGAAAGAGGUAGAAGACAUUGAGAAGUAUCUGGAAGACCAGGUCAACGCUGACCUCCCCUAUGAAAUCGAGAGGGAGAUCCUGGCUCUGAAGCAAAGGGUCCGCCAGAUGUAGCCGGAAGCCAAGGGCUCUCCCUUCCGCAGCACCCGCUUCCUCACCCAGAGUGAGAGAAGUCGAGUCUUCCCGAACCCACGCUGGCCGCAGCACAAUGACCACACGGUAGAGCAGAUCAGAGAGGUGCACUUAAUUGAUCGGGUGAGAACCAUAGAGAACAAUAGCAGCUAAUGGGGUGGGGAGGGGCAUCUUUGCACAUCUCCAAAAUUCACGGGCAAGGCAUGUUCAUCAGGUUACUCAGGCUGGUUCCAGUUUCUUCACUUUAACUCUAUCAGUUAGCUGGAUUGCACAGAAACAAUACUUGAGCUGUAUAUAUGUGUGUGUGCGUGCGUGUGUGUGUGUGUGCGUGCGUGUGUGUGUGUAUCUGUGCGCAUGGUUGUCUAAAAUAUGUUUAAUACCUUUGGGAAAAUCUUGGGCAAGAUUAUCACCUACUAGUUGUUA